AUGUCUCGAUAUAUGGUAUCUAAUUCACGGUUUUUAGUACCUAACAUUUUUGAUAACUGUCGAUUUUUUUCAGAGAAAAAAAUAACGCCUCAAAAACAAAUAGAUCCGAGAAGAGUAUUUAAGGUUUAUCGAUUUCCAGGAAUUUUAGCGAAUGAAAAACCAAAAGUAGAAACAUUUGAAGUUGACGUCAGCACAUGUGGUAAAAUGGUUUUAGAUGCGAUGAUUAAGAUUAAAGAUAUGGACCCCACUUUUACGUUUAGGCGAUCGUGCAGAGAAGGAAUUUGCGGCUCUUGUGCUGUUAACUUGCAAGGGAGGAAUUGCUUAGCUUGCAUUACGCAAAUACCACAAAGUAAAACAAUGUCUUUAUAUCCCAUUCCCCAUAUGUACGUCAUAAGGGAUUUAGUAGUUGACAUGACGCACUUCUUUAAAGGGUAUGCAAGUAUUCGCCCUUAUCUAGUGAGGAAAACUCAAGGACCUUUGGGACAACAGCAAUAUGCCCAGAGUGUGAAGGAUAGCUUGAAAAUGAACGGUUUGUACGAAUGUGUUCUAUGUUCAUGUUGUGCCACUGCUUGUCCAAGUUAUUGGUGGAAUGGAAGAAGAUUCCUAGGACCAGCUUCUUUAUUACAUGCAUACCGAUGGGUCAUAGAUUCACGAGACGAAGAUACUGAACAAAGAUUGAAAGAUUUACGCGACGAUUUUAAAGCGUUUCGUUGCCAUACGAUCAUGAACUGUUCCUUAGACUGUCCUAAAGGUUUGCACCCAGCACAAGCGAUAGCGAAACUAAAAUUACUAAUCUCAGGCAUGGAGAAAAAGCCUUCACCUGAAAUAGAUCCUAUGAAGUUAGCGUCUUCAGGUGAUUGGAAAAAGAAAUGUGGAUGCUAA